UCUCUAGCCGCCCAACAGGAGGCAAGGAUAUCGCACCCAUGCUAAAAUAUAGUUACCCCUGCUAGUGGAUUCUGCAAGUUGAAUUAGUGCUGGCAGGAAAAAAAAAGACUCUAUUAUUAUGAUUUCUUUUCUUAUCGCUCCACAUACUGUGGUUGAAUUUAGAAUCGCUCCCUUGACGAACCAGGACAGAGAAGACCCUACCGAUGCACCGAAUCUCGAAGGUCUUGACGAGGCAGGUCUGGGCAAAUUCCUAUGCCAAAACCAACCGUUAUAUAUUCUUGCAAGCAGUCCGGAGCUAUGCCCUCAGAAUGAUUGACUUCAGGGAGAGAAGUCGUGCCAGACUUUUAUCUUAAUCCGCAAGGCCCCGUCCUCUUUUCCUCAUCUACCAUCACGUUCUACAAUUUGUACCUCUUGUCACUUUUACUUUCACCAAGCAAGUUCAAUCACAAUGUAUCUUUCUAGCCUCCUACCUUACUCGCUUCUCAUCUUGGGUGUCGCGUGCGCCCCAAUCGACUCCGGAUUAUCCAUGUCCGCAUCAGCUGCCGGAAAUGUUUUAAACAGCAUCCGCCGCCAGGGUCAAGCUUCGGGCUGCAAUAUAUUCAAAACAGUGUUGCCCGAUACCGGCAAUGGCUCAGAACUACCCGUCCCCGCCUCCAAACUGGAGCUCAAAUACAUAACUCUCGGCGUCGGGACCCAGAACUAUACUUGCGAAAAUCUCGAGACACCAUCACUGGUUGGCGCGGUCGCUACGCUUUACGAUGCUUCCUGUCUCGUUACAAAGCACUCGCUGUUGUUGGAUAUGUUUGCACGUCUGGCCGUCAGGCUUCCUACGAAAAUUCUCAAUCAUAUGAUAUCCAAAUACCUCAACAUUGAUCUGAUGGGCCAUCACUACUUUGCUGGUAGUGUUCCCAUGUUCGAUCUACGCCAAGUUGGCCAGCAGGACUACGCUUAUGUUUCAGUGGCUGCGAAAGUUCCUGCUCCACGGAACAUUGAUGUCGACUGGCUAAAGCUCGAUCGCGUGGAUGGAUCUGGGAUUGAGAGUGUCUAUCGUGUGAAAACUACGUCAGGAAAAGCACCCGCCACUUGCAGGAAUAUGCCUGGCCGUUUCGAAGUCAAAUACCUCGCACAAUAUUGGAUGUAUGGGUGAGGCCUUUUAGCCAAUCGCAACUUUACGGAAUACAAUAGACUAGGAGGUUUGAUUUCUUUAUGAGGGAUUAAGAAUGCGAAAUUACUACUCGGUACAUAGUUUCGAGGUUUAUACUUGGGUUUCUUUGUACAUACAUAUCUGCAUGUUUUGGAAAUACAUGGA